UCCAUUUUCUCGCAGCGCGCAACACGUGCGGAGGUUUCUCUCCGUCUAUUAGUUGAUUUAGCAGAAAACGUAGAUAAAAUGGCCGACGUGGAAGUACGCAAGGAGAAGAAAAAGAAGAAGAUCAAGGAGGAGCCCUUGGACGGCGAUGACAUUGGCACGCUGCAGAAGCAGGGCAACUUCCAAAUCAAGCCCUCCUCCAAGAUCGCCGAGCUGGACACCUCGCAAUGGCCGCUGCUCCUGAAGAACUUCGACAAGUUGAACAUCCGUUCCAACCACUACACUCCGCUGGCGCACGGAUCGUCGCCCCUGAACCGCGACAUCAAAGAGUACAUGAAGACUGGCUUCAUCAACCUGGACAAGCCGUCGAACCCCAGCUCCCACGAGGUGGUGGCCUGGAUCAAGAAAAUCCUCAAGGUGGAGAAGACAGGCCACUCCGGCACGCUGGAUCCCAAAGUCACGGGUUGCCUGAUUGUUUGUAUUGACAGGGCCACCCGUCUGGUGAAGUCCCAGCAGAGCGCCGGCAAGGAGUACGUGGCCAUCUUCAAGCUGCACGGAGCCGUGGAGUCGGUGGCCAAGGUGCGUCAGGGCCUGGAGAAGCUGCGUGGUGCCCUCUUCCAGAGACCUCCACUCAUCUCCGCCGUAAAGCGUCAGUUGCGCGUUCGUACUGUCUACGACAGCAAGCUGUUGGACUACGAUGAAACCCGAAAUAUGGGUGUUUUUUGGGUUAGUUGCGAGGCCGGCUCCUACAUCCGUACCAUGUGCGUCCAUCUUGGUCUCGUACUGGGUGUCGGUGGCCAGAUGCUGGAGCUCCGCCGUGUCCGCUCGGGCAUUCAGUCUGAGCGCGAUGGUAUGGUGACCAUGCACGAUGUUUUGGACGCCAUGUGGCUGUACGAAAACCACAAGGACGAGUCUAUGCUGCGACGUGUGAUCAAGCCGCUAGAAGGUCUGCUGGUCAACCACAAGCGCAUUAUUAUGAAGGACAGUUCGGUCAACGCCGUUUGCUAUGGUGCCAAGAUUACAUUGCCCGGUGUCCUGCGCUACGAGGAUGGCAUUGAAAUCGAUCAGGAGAUCGUCAUUUGCACCACCAAGGGUGAGGCCAUUUGCCUGGCCAUCGCCCUCAUGACCACAGCCACUAUGGCCUCUUGUGACCAUGGUGUGGUGGCCAAGAUCAAGCGAGUGAUCAUGGAGCGAGACACAUACCCGCGCAAGUGGGGAUUGGGACCAAAGGCGUCGGCCAAGAAGGCGCUCAUUGCCGCCGGCAAGCUAGACAAGUUCGGAAGGCCCAAUGAAAACACACCUAAGGAGUGGCUGACCGGUUAUGUCGACUACAAUGCCAAGAAGCCAGCAGCUCAAGAAGUCUCCCCCACAAAUGGCUCCAGUGAACCCAGCAAACGCAAGUUAAGCACCUCCAGCGUUGAGGAAACUGCUGCGGCGGCGGUAUCCGAGGAGACUCCUUCCAAGGACAAAAAGAAGAAGAAAAAGAAGCACAAGGGCGACGAGGAAGCCCCAGAAGCCGCUGAGGAGGAGGCAGAGCCAGUAGAAAAGGAGAAGAAAAAGAAGAAGAAGAAGGACAAGGAUAGGGACAGAGACGAAGCUCAGGAAUAGGAAUCAGAAGUUUCUAUAGGAUUAGGUUUUAAAGAGAAUUCUACGCUUUUUUGUAGAGGCACCUACCGAUUGCUAGCUGUUAGGUUUAAGGAGUGUUUUUAUGUGUAGAAGUGCAUACAAAUUACAAAUGCAUUUAAGUGACAUUCGCAAUGCAAUAAAUUGAACAUUUUAUUGUGGAACUCUAUUCGCUAGUUUCUUAGGUCUUAGCUUUUCCUUAGGUUUUUCAGAUAGAAAGGCAGGGAAUACAGACAGCAAAGGUGAGUUAACAUAUUACUACGUUCCUUCAAGAGUGGCUUUCGUUUGCGUUAUCUGAUGAGCAAUAACUUUCGCCCCUAGCUGAAAAAUGAUACUUCUCAUGUUGAAUGCGAGAUUGGUCUUACUGAAAAUAACGGAAAAUAGAAAAGCUCAUUUGAGUUUCUAAAAACGUUGACCUGGCCUCUUAUUAACUUAAUUUAUAUUUCUAUUGUAGCUUGGAAUACUGCUCAGAGGACAAAGCGGGAGUGACGGAAGAUACGGUUAGUAUCUAUUUGAUGACCAUCUUUACGUUAUAUUAGUUCUGAUGAGCAUUAACUUUCGCCCCUAUCUGAAAUUGAAACUUCUCUUGUUGAAUGCGAGAUUGGUCUUACUGAAAAACUAAAAAACUAUAAGCACAUGUGGGCUAUCUAUAUCCAAUAUAUUUUAAAACCCAAUAUAUAUUUACAGAUCGGCGGAACGAAAACUAAAAACGUGCUUCGAAUAAACAUAGGAAUUAAGGUAAGAAUGCCUUAAUUUAUAGUUGAAUUUCUUAUUAUCAUGAUGAGCAUUAACUUUCGCCCCUAUCUGAAAUUGAAACUUCUCAUGUUGAAUGCGAGAUUGGUCUUACUGAAAAGAAUUUCGAUUUAAAAACACGAAAACAAUUUUCUAAGCACUUUCUAACCAAAUUUUGCCCAUUCUCUUUACAGAUUUGUUGAUUAGGUUAUGCAAUAUAUGGACUAUAACUUUAAUAAAAUAGGUAAAUAUUGAAUAACUAAAAGUUAUUAAAAUGUUUUUAAGUGAUGAGCUUUAACUUUCGCCCCUAUCUGAAAUUGAAACUUCUCCUGUUGAAUGCGAGAUUGGUCUUACUGAAAUGACUCACAAUUAAAAACAAGCCUCAAUCUUUUCGAUUGCCUUUCUAAUAAAAUGCUACUUUUUCUUUACAGAUAAGUUCAAAAAUUUUUUUGAAAAUCAUUGAAUGCCACAGGAAUCUUAAAAGGUAAAUGUAUUCAAAAUGAAUUAUUUCUUUGCGAGAAUAACUAACUUCUUUGAAAAUUAACUGAUGUAAAAAAAAAACUGAAUUAUGUGGCAUGAUUUUCACAUUAACCGCAACAAAUCCUACUCCAAUAGGUCCUACUGACAAUUCUCACAAAAAUAAUGCAUUUAGGCCAAUACAAUAACAACGAUGCCUAACAAUUGACUCUCCUUUGCCUUUUCAGUUCGCAUGACACUUUAUUGCGUUGAGUAAACAAGGUAAAAAUAAAUUUAAAAAAACUCGUUUGCCCAGUUUCUAGUGAAAAUGUUGAAAUAAAAAUACUGAUUUAUGUGGCAUGAUUUUCACAUUAACCGCAACAAAUCCUACUCCAAUAGGUCCUACUGAAUAUAUUCACAAGAAACUUAAGGUGUGUUUUAACCAGAUGUGGUUCUAAGUGAAUUUUUUCUUAUAUUUGCAGAUGUGCUUUUGGCGACUUUCCACUGACUGUUCCAAUUGAGUUCCAUUUUAUGCCCUUUUUUAGGUACAACACUGCCCAAGACAUCAUAUAAUACUUUAUAAGCAAAUAAAAGAAACAUACAC